AUGGCAAAUCGCGAUGUGGGAAACUUGCGUAGAGGGCCUUGGCUUGACGAAGAAGACGAGAGAUUGACCACCAUUGUCAAAGCUUUAGGCGACAAAAAUUGGGAUGCUUUGGCCAACGAAUCGGGUCUGAGGAGGAGUGGAAAGAGUUGCAGGCUGAGAUGGAUGAACUAUCUUCGACCCAAUUUAAAGCAUGGGGAGAUCACAUAUGAAGAAGAACAUAUCAUUCUUAAUCUUCAUAAACAAUGGGGUAACAAGUGGUCAAGAAUCGCUAAAAGAUUACCUGGACGGACAGAUAACGAGAUAAAGAAUUACUGGAGAAGUCAUUUAAAGAAGAAAACCGAAGCUCAACAAGGCACCAGAAAUGUUGCAGAACAAGAUCUCUCGACGCCCAAAUGCCACAGAAGCCCCGAGUACAUCAUCGGUGAAAACGAAAGAGAUGGGGUUUUUGGAACUUCGUCAACGGAAGCACCUGAGAUAUCGUCUAACAUGAGUGCGUUUGGGUGCAGUUCACCUUACGAAAGGCAGAUAACAGACUGGAUGUCGUCGUGCUGCUGGCUGUUGCACGACGACAACCAGUUGCAAACAUAUGAAAUAAAACAGCAUGAAGAUUACAUGGGAAUGUACCCAUGUUUCUGUCAACCUGAAUCGAAGCCUGAAGAAGAUAUGAUGCAUAAUGUGUGUGAUCUUUGGAGUCCCAUCUGGGAAAUGGGUUGA